AUGGCACAUAUCGGCGGCCUAGGCGCAUUCUUUAUUAUUGUUGUGUUCCUGCUCAUUGCCGGCCUCGCGGCUUGGGUCAUCUACACUCACCUUCGAGCUCGGAGACUCGGCCUCCCUCAACCAACCCUCUCCUCCUACAAUCCCUUCCAACGCUCCGAACGAUACGGCGCGCCAGGUCCAGCACCAGGAGGAAUUGUCGGAUGGGUCAAUGAUAAGGUUCGCGCGUUCAGGAAUCGCAACAACCGAUCGGCGGGAGGAGCUUACGAAGAGCCAUUGAGCAGCAAUGUGCGCGGAAGAGCAAGCAAUAGAGGAUUUGGACAUCUGGAUCCCGAUGAGGCGUGGGAUGCGAGAGUAGGGACGGAGGCAGACGCAUAUGGCCCGGGAGGAUAUGACGAGGAGCAAGAGCUUGGUUUACAUCGGCCCGGCGGACUUGCACCAACCCCUGGGAUGGCGCCACCAGGAUACGGAGAGGGAGCUCGAGGAAGAAGUCUGAGUCGAGAGCCGGAACCAUACAUCGGGGGAAGUCAAGCCGGUCUAGACAGGAGAUAUGAUGAGGAGAUGGGCAAGGGAAAGGCACCAGCGACCUUGAACCCAUUCGAUGAUUCCGCAGAGCCAAGCAACGUCAGCCUCAGAGGAAUUAGCCCGCGGCCGAUAGACACUUCGCAUGCGAAUACAACCCAGGGCCACAAGUCACAGGAUAGUGCAGACAGUCCUACGGAGAGAAGGUCAAUGUUCAGAGAGAAUAUGUAG